AUACUAUUUUGAGGAUACUAAAUGCAUCAUUUGAUGGUUAUGAAACUGAAAUUUCAAUCGCACGAGUUUCUUCAAUUCCAAAAACAAAAAAUAGAGGAUUGAUUCUUCCAGAUAUAAUUCCUCCUCGUGGAAUUAGUUUAGAACGAGAAUGGUAUCUGUAUGAAGAAAUAGCACAGCACAUCCAAAAUCCAGCAAAGCAACCAUUGUUGCUCAUUCUCCCGAUGGUCACUUCAUUGACAGGCCAUUUACCUGGCAUCACAGCAUUUUUAUUAGAUGCGGGUAUAUAUGAGUGCGUAAAAAUACUGAAUAUCUCUGGGCAUUGUAAAUUCCUUGGAUACACUAGUCAGCAAUUUAAG